AUGCCAGAGAUCAACUUCUACGACCCUGUUUGCGCUGUGUCCGAGGCUCGCCAGAAAGAAGCGACCAAAGCGCUAAAUAAGGCCGUGGACCAAGCCGAUCUAGAAAGAUACCCUUACAUCGACAUUGUUUUUGGUGACGGCGGUUUAUUCACUUACCGCUGUUACUCUGAUUCGGAGAAGAAGAUCGGCCAGCAGGGUCCUUCAGGCGCGUGCAAGAUUUAA